AGGCAGGGAGAGGGAGAGAGAGGGGAAUAGGAGGGGCUGUUGAUUACAGCACUGGGAGAAUGUGUGUGUGUUUGUGGGUGCAGGGCUGUUUUAGGGGGGUGAGGUGAUUCGUGCUCAACCCCCCCGCACACUAAUCAAUCCGGACCCCUGGUGUUGUCGUCGGCAACCAUCUGCGUACAGAUAGAAUGUUCAGGGUGGGAGCGCGCCAGCCCAGCCACGGGAAAACGGCACAGCCGCGUCACAGCGUGUGUGCGAGUGUGUGUGUGAGAGCCACGGGGAGUGAACAUGCCCCACUCGCGGCGAGUGCAGCCCGAGCGCUCGCCACCGUUCGCGACAGGCAGCCGUUAGCAGGAGCGAGGGGGAGGGCGGGAAGUGCUCAGAGGGAGGAGAGGUGGAAGAAAGGAGGAGAGAGGAGCAGAGGAGGAGAAGAGGGAUAGGAAAAGAGGGAGUGAGCUGCUUUCACCUGACGGCCCUGGCCGGUUCGGGAAUAUCGAGAAGGGGACCCGCGCAUGCACGCACGCUGCCGCCUUCUCGCGGGACCAUGUCGUUGACCACUGGAUUUGGCUACCAGUUGCCGGGCAUUACCACCGUAACCUAUGUUUUUGUUUACAGCCCGGGGACAGUCCAACGGGACCCCAGCCCUCCUCCCGCGGGGCCCUCGCACACACUCUCAGGAGCCCGGGGCCCUAAACGGAAACUCUACAGCGCCGUGCCGGGGCGCACCUUCAUCGUGGUCAAACCGUACACACCACAGGGAGAGGGAGAGAUCCAGCUGAACCGCGGAGAGAGGGUCAAAGAAUCUCCCUAUGUAGACCAUUAUGUAGAGCAUGAAAUUAAGGAGGAGGAUGACCAUGGUUCUAUGGAUGAUAAAGUGUUAAGUAUAGGAGAAGGGGGUUUCUGGGAAGGGACGGUGAAAGGAAGAACCGGAUGGUUUCCUGCAGACUGUGUGGAGGAGGUACAGAUGAGACAGUUUGAUCCUCGACUUGAGACGAGAGAGGACCGAAACAAGAGGCUGUUCCGACAUUACACUGUGGGCUCCUAUGACAACUUUACCUCAUAUAGUGAUUACAUCAUCGAGGAGAAGAACGCUGUGCUCCAGAAGAAAGAGAAUGAGGGAUUCGGCUUCGUCUUGCGGGGAGCGAAAGCGGAAACACCCAUUGAAGAGUUUACACCCACACCUGCCUUUCCUGCACUCCAGUACCUGGAGUCUGUGGAUGUUGAGGGCGUGGCCUGGAAGGCGGGGCUUAGGACUGGUGACUUCCUCAUUGAGGUAAAUAGUGUUAACGUGGUAAAAGUGGGACACAAGCAGGUGGUGUCACUCAUCCGGCAGGGUGGGAAUAACCUCUUGAUGAAGGUAGUGUCAGUCACACGCAAGCCAGAGUCUGAGGAGUCAGUCAGAAAGAAGGCGCCCCUGCCUCCAAAAAGAGCGUCCAGCACCACCCUCACCCUGAGGUCCAAAAGCAUGACUGCUGAGCUUGAAGAACUAGCCUCUGCAAGGAGGAGAAGAGGAGAAAGGCUAGAUGAGAUUUUGGCCUCUCAGGAGACAGUACUGAGGCCAAAGGUAGAAACAGACUACAGAGCAGCCACAGUGAAGCAACGUCCUAGCAGUCGCCGUAUUACACCAGCAGAAAUCAGUUCUCUUUUUGAGCGGCAAGGACUUGCUAUCCAUGGUGCUCUACACCCAGCGUUGGAAAAAGCCCACAUGCAGCUGCCAAAAAGCAUGACUAGAACAAAGUCCUUUGGAGCAACUGAAGAAGAUCGACUGUCUGCCCUGGCAGCGGAACACAGGUUUCCACGGAGCUCCUCCAUGACGGACAGCCUGAGAGACAGCCAUAGUAUCCCUCCACCUCCUCAAAUAGCUCCCCCACCUCCCCCAUCGCUUUACUAUCUAGAUACUGGACCCCCUCCAUCGUUCUGCCCACCCCCUCCUCCUGGCCGCAUUCAUGACCCCAGCCGUUCCAGUUUCAAACCAGGCUCUGAACCAAGACUGCACAUUUUGCCACAGACAAUGUCUGCUGAGCUGUUUGAGCCGCCUCGCCAUGCCUCCCACAUGGAUCGACAGAAAAAAGCCCGUUCCAUGAUCAUCCUGCAGGACUCCACCCACCUUCCCGUGGAGCCUACUGACAUCCCCAGGCCAGGUCCAGUUUCAACUCCACCCGAAAGGAUCAAGCGGAAAGGUCGAGUAAUUGAUAACCCCUACGCCAAUGUGGGCCAGUUCAGUGUGGGCUUAUUCACGCCCCCUCCGAGCAAGCCACAGCGGAGGAAGAGCCCACUUGUAAAGCAACUGCAGGUGGAAGAUGCUCAGGAGAGAGCCUCGCUAGCACUGGCAUCCAUCCAUGCGAGAGAGCACUCUCCCUCUGGGCGCCUAGCUGCCCACCAUACCAGCAGGGCUGAUUUCUAUCAGCAGCAGAAGCAGCUGUUGCACGAACGCAGUAAAGCUCACGCUGAGGGACUGUUGCAAGGAAAGGGUCCUUUUGCAGCAGCCAUUGCUGAUGCAGUGAAAGACCGGGAACGUCGUCUGGAGGAGAGGCGGAAAUCCACAGUCUUCCUAUCUGUGGGCACUAUGGAGGGCAGUUCGGCACCACCCACAGAAGCCCCUUCACUCACACCAUCCCGUUCGGUGGAUGAACGAAUGCUCACACGUGAACUUGGUCAGUUGCCUCCUCCUGCCUUGGCAUUGCGUCCCUCUCCUGGGGGCACCACCUUCAUUCACCCACUGACAGGCAAGCCCCUGGACCCCAACUCUCCAUUGGCACUUGCGCUGGCCGCAAGGGAACGGGCAUUAACCUCCCAGAGUCAGUCCCCUUCAAGCAGCCCUGAGCCCAGAACUAAACAUGAAGCUGCUGGAGGGAUGCUGUAUAUGGAGACCCAGACCAAAGAGACUGAGCGGUCAGAGCGUGAGGGGGAUUUUGCCUCACCUCCCUUUUCCCCUGCCACAAAACGAAUUUAUGAGACCUCCGCCCCCACCAGCAAAAUUCAGUGGGGAAGUCCCAUAUCCACCAGGAAAGAGUUAGAAACAAGGACAGAAAUGAAGGAAGAAAGGAAAAUUGAGGACAAGAAGAGUAUGAUCAUCAGCAUCAUGGACACAUCUCAGCAGAAAACUGCUGGACUUAUCAUGGUUCACGCAACGAGUAAUGGGGAGGCAGUGAGGCCCAGCCCAGAGCACAGGGUCUCCUCUCCUAAGGGGUCAUUGUCAGAGAGCCCGAAACCCAUGUUGGCCCAAAUAAAAAGAGCUAAGUCCCCUGGUCCCGAUGCUCCUUCGAGAUCCACCCCACCUCCAACCACAGCUCCAUCUUCCCACCCACCUCCCAGCCCAUCUUCAGAUAAAACCCUGGCACAGGGUAGUUCUGAGGAGGACGUGGAACCCUAUACGGUCACAUUGCCACCUGCCAUGCUUUCUUCCAGUGAUGAGGAGACACGUGAGGAGCUCCGUAAAAUCGGUGUGGUUCCUCCACCAGAUGAAUUUGCAAAUGGCCUUCUUGGAAAGACAAAUGCAACUGCAGUACCUCCUGCCUCUAUGUUGGCGCAGACCACAACUUCUGCCCUGCCCUCAGCUCCACCCCCAUCCCCUGCCCCUCCAGUAGCGCUUGCCACAGCAACACAGGUCCCCGCUAGCAGUGGCCCACAAGCAGCCUCAGGGAAGCCAUCUGAGUCCCACCUGGGCCCAGAGUCUGCUGCUGACUCCGGGGUGGAAGAGGUAGACACUCGUAGCUCCAGUGAUCACCACCUGGAGACCACGAGUACCAUCUCCACUGUCUCUAGUAUGUCCACACUGUCCUCGGAAAGCGGCGAGCCCACGGACACCUACACCACCUACGCAGAUGGCCAGACGUUCAUUCUUGAUAAGCCGCCAGUGCCUCCAAAGCCAAAGCUCAAGUCCCAGCUCAGCAAGGGCCCGGUGACGUUCAGGGACCCCCUGCUUAAACAGUCAUCUGAUAGCGAACUGCUCUCACAGCAGCACGCGGCUGUACUGGCUGCUGCUGCUGCGGGAGCCUCAGGCCUGGCCAGACCCCGCUACCUCUUCCAGAAACGCUCCAAGUUAUGGGGGGACCCCGUGGAACCCUGUGUACUUUCGGGGGCAGAGGAAGGAAAGCCCACUGUGAUAAGUGAGCUCAGCUCACGGCUGCAGCAGCUGAACAAGGACACCCGCUCACUUGGGGAGGAGCCGCUCGGAGCUUCACUUGACCCCGGAAGAAAAUCACCCGUGGUCGGUGCAAGACUCUUCAGCAGUCUGGGGGAGCUCCAUACUAUCUCUCAGAGAGGCUACGGCACCACCUACACCAUCAGACCAGGUAGCCGCUACCCAGUGACCCGGCGGACACCCAGUCCCGGUUCCCCGGACCGCUCGGAUCCUCUGGGACCCAUCCGGGGCUUUGGUCUGGCCACUUCUCCCAUCACACCCCCCACAAUCCUUAAGUCGUCUAGCCUCAGUCUCCCUCACGAACCUAAAGAAGUGCGUUUUGUCAUGAGGAGCUCCAGUGCACGGAGUCGUUCUCCCUCGCCUGCCCCCUCCCCGGGCUUGCCCUCCCCCCUGCUCACUCUACGGCCAUUCCACCAGAAGCCCCUCCACCUGUGGAACAAGUACGAUGUUGGCGACUGGCUGGCCAGCAUUAACCUGUCUGAACACCGGGAGCAAUUCCAAGAGCAUGAGAUCGAGGGCUCCCAUCUGCCUGCUCUGACCAAGGAGGAAUACGCUGAGCUGGGCGUGACGCGCGUCGGUCAUCGCAUGAACAUCGAGCGCGCCCUUAAACAGCUGCUGGAGAGUUGACCACGCGCCUCCCUCUACCUGUAGCUAGUCUCAACACAGUUUUCUUUUAUUUUCUUAUUUAAUUUGUUUGUCUUGUUUUUUUUUGUUUGUCUUUUUCAAUUCCUGAGCUUUACAUCCGAAGUGUGUCAUUUCGAUGUUAAAACACUUAUCCUAUUACACACUUUUCGUGAAAAA